AUGUCUGAUUCUACUCAGUCCAAAGAGAUAUCAAUUUUGCGAUGUAUUGUUCUGAAAUAUGGUCCAAAACGGGUCCUUGUUAAACGGCAAAAGUUGUACAAUCACAUGUUUAACUCCGCCUGCAGAAAUUUCCCAAGCAUUUCGAGAGACAUACUCACAUUUCAGACCAAUCGACUCGAUGUUUGCGAUGGCCACUAUGUGGAAAUCACGGCUGAAGUAUGGGACGAUAUCGUCGACUUGCUUCACGUCGUUGAGGUGACUCGGCGUGUAGAAAUGACAUUGCCCGUCCCACUGCCGCUUGAUGAUCUGGCCAUUUCAUUGCCUGAUAAUCAAUCGACACCAGGUCAGGUUAACGAACAGGAUAGCUCGAAUGUCGACGAAGUUUGGGACAUCGUCCCAACCCUGUCAGAGCAGGUGCCAGAGAUGCAUGUGAACCGGAGUAUCGGAUCGUACAAUAUCGAGGAUGGCGACUCCGUCACUAUGCGAGUUAAUAAAUGUGCGCUUGCCAAAAAGCCAGUCAUUUAUCUAUACUCGCCCUCCGACAUCGAUGUUUCUGUUAAGCUGUCCCUCAUUCCUGAGUGGAGACUCUCUGUCAUCUAUCCCGUUAUUACCACAGAAGACCAUGGACGGCGUUUAGAAUGGAAUGUCCGCACCCAUCAAGAUGGCAGUCUGACUGAACGCGAUUCUGGUUUGAAUGUCUCGUACUUGUUCUGGGAGGCGGAGACAAAUUCACAAGCAGCAUCCAAGCCGCAACCAGUGGAUACAUUCAAUCCAGCAUCCAGCAGUCUCGAUAAUACGGAUUCAAUUGUCACUCCAGUGGACAAAGUGACCGCUGCUGUCCUUGAUCAUACAGAAAUCACUCUCCUGACUUGUCUUACUCUUCGUAGGACAAAUUCACAAGCAGCAUCCAAGCCGCAACUAGUGGAUACAUUCAAUCCAGCAUCCAGCAGUCUUGAUAAUACGGAUUCAAUUGUCACUCCGGUGGACAAAGUGACCGUUUACCUCGACAACUCACUCAAAGUUUUGGGACUUCACACCGAAGCUAGAACAUCAUUCAUAACCUACUGGCUACCAUCCAUCCUCAAGCACGAAUACGUUGCCCUCCGAUUUGUCCCUCAAGCGGCAUUCGAACGCGCCGCUUCCUUACGCAUUUCUCCGCAACCCGACGUCGUGACUCGCGUAUUCAUGUUGUUCAAAGGUAUCCGUAAGGAGGACUUGGCAAAUUGGACCAAUGCACAAAUUCAAGCAGAGAAAGACGUUGCUUGGUGGGUGGAUGUGGUUGGAGUUGAUCCUGCAAGAGCUGGUGAUGUGACUUUGUUCAGGGUGUUGGAAUGGGGUGGGAUGGAGGUUGUCGUUUGAUAUUCUAUCAGAUUAUAUAUUCAAUUUGUGUAUGUGUUAUCGCACUUUGCCUUGAUUAGUUCUGCAUCCGACAAAUGUGCAGGUGAACUUAUGCACUCG